UUUGUAUUACGCGACCGAUGUGGAAGUACGUUUUUUGGUCUUUUGUAAGGUUCAACGCCUUAUUUUCUCCAUUUUCCCCGAGGUGAGAAGUGUCUGCAGACCAGUGUGUGAAAAUGGCAGCCAUCAUGUUACUGAGUGUCUUUGUUUCAGGGGCUCUGGCUUCUUGUCCUGAACAUGCUCAGCCUCUUGUUACCACACCUCAGGAGAUGGAAGCACUGAGUGGAUCCUGUCUGCAGAUCCCAUGUAACUUCAGCAUAAAUGCAGAAGAGACAUUUGACCGUACAGGACCAACGUCCGGAUUGUGGAUUAAAUCUGAUUAUUAUUACUACUUUGGAAGUAAAGUGGUUUUCAACGGCAACAUGAUGGAAAAUAUCUAUCCUAUGAGUCUUACUGGAGACCUGAGUCGGAAAGAUUGCUCGACCCUAUUUUCCAGUGUAAUCACAAGUUACACAGGCAGCUACCUCUUUAGGAUCGACAACCGGCCAUUACGCAGAAUGGAAACUUGUGAUCCUCUUCAAAUAAAAGUUAAAGAUUCUCCUCCAAGGCCCAGAAUUAACAUUUCAAACCCAGGUGAUCUGAAGGAGGCGGAGUCUGUCACUGUAACCUGCUCAGCUCCAGCUCCCUGUCCACACUCCCCUCCUAAACUCACCUGGACUCUCCAACAAGACCCUCCCAACACAAUGGAGGAAAACCCAGAUCGGACCUUCACGACUAAGAUCCAGAAGACCCUCACUCUGACAGACCAACAUGAUGGAUUCAACAUCACCUGCUCUGCCAGCUAUCCUGUGAAUGAAGGGAAAGAUGUGAAGACAGCAGAGGAGACAAAGACUCUCCAUGUUUCAUACGCUCCCAAAGAUGUCACGGUGGUCGUCAGUCCAGCUGAUCCGGUGUCAGUCGGCAGCGUGGUGAAUCUGACUUGCUCCUGCAGAGGAAUCCGUGCUGCUGACGGCUUUGCCUGGCUCAUGAUGAUGAGUGAUGGCCGACUGCACACGAUGGAAGAUAACACACAGCUUUAUGUAUUUGAAGUCACCAACAGUGAUCGAGGCAGAUCAUAUUUCUGUGGGUGCAGCAAUGUGUUGGGCCUUCAACUAUCGAAAGGACGUGCGUUGAUAUUUGAAGGUGAUCAUGAGACGGUUGAUGGUCAUUUGAUACUGAAGAUCCUGGGAAUCAUAAUGCUCGUCAGUACAAUGGUCAUCUUUGAAUGCUGGUUUAGAUCAAGGUGCUCUUCUAAACCAGAGAAGGUGUCCACCAGACAAGGAAAGGACGCAGCAGAAGCAGACUAUGUCAACCGUGUGGUCGAGUUACAAACAUCUUGAGUCACAAAGAGAGCAGGAAGACGUUCAGUUCACUUUUACUGAAAGAAAAUGCUGUAUUGAUUUGCCUUAUAUGUUCCACAUUAAGAAGGAGUGACUUACAGGAUUGCAGUGAGAGGUGUGAUGAAAAUAAAAACAGGAUUUUAGCAGCGAGACGAAAGGUCAUGAUGUGGCAUCUAGCAGAUACAAAAGCCUGGUGUGUGUGUCUCCACUUCCUUUUGUCUCGCAAGACUAAAUACUGUAGUACAUUGUUGGACACCUUACAUUACUUCCUGAAUUGCACAUUUUGGUAAGAGAAUCAUUUCAAUGCUUUCUACAACAUUUUUCAGGUAUUUUUGGUUUAGGAUAAAAAAUCUAUUUCGUAUUGAUUUGCCUGAGUGUGCCACUUAAAAUUCAGAUUUCUGCACAUACUAAUGGAUGCAUGUGAACUGUGUUAAAUUAAAAACAAAUCAGGGGUUAAAAAAAAAAUCUGUGCAGAAGCUUUGAAUGUUAUGCAUACAAAUACAUUCAGAUAUCUAAGUAACUGUUUUGAUGAUGAUACAUUGUAAUAUUUAAAAUGGUAAGCACCAACAUUGUGAAUUAAAUAAACUUCAUACUUAUUGCUCUUGAAA